GGUGACCCCCGCCGGCGCCGACGGUACUUUGACCCCCAACGCUUUGACCCCCAACGCCGAGAGUACUUCUUCGACCGCCACCGCGGAGCCUUCGGCGCCGUCCUCUACUACUACCAAUCCGGUGGAAGACUCCGCCGGCCACCCGACGUCCCCUUAGAUGUCUUCUUGGAAGAGUUACGCUUCUACCAGUUGGGCGCCGAAGCGGAGGGAAGACUCCGCGAGGCCGAAGGCUUCGGGGUGGAGGUGGCCCAACCCUUGCCCGGUGGGCGGUUGCGACGGCGGGCGUGGUUGUUGUGUGAGCACCCCGAGAGCUCGCCGGCCGCCCGCGCCGUGGCCUUGCUCUCCGUCCUCGUCAUCCUCGUCUCCAUCGUGGUCUUCUGCUUGGAGACCCUGCCCCAGUUUCGGGCCGGAGGGGAAGGGUCCGCUCAGGUGAGUCGCGGGCAACGGUGGGGGUCUUCGUCCUCACCAUCCUCGUCCUCAGCAUCCUCGGUAUCCUCAGCCCCACCCUCCUCAUCCUCACCCGAUCCUUUCUUCGUGGUGUGGAAACCAUGCAUCUGUUGGUUCUCCUUGGAGCUCCUGCUCCUGGUCCGUCUUUUAGCCAGCCCGAGCAAAACCGCCUUCUUCCGGAACGCCAUGAACCUCAUCGAUUUGAUCGCCAUCGCCCCCUAUUUCGUCGCUUUGGGGACCGAGUUGGCGCAGCAACGCGGCGUCGGUCAACCCGCCAUGUCCUUGGCCAUCCUCCGCGUCAUCCGCUUGGUGCGGGUCUUCCGGGUCUUCAAAUUAUCCCGGCAUUCGACGGGUUUACAGAUUUUAGGACAAACCCUUCGCGCCAGCAUGAGGGAAUUGGGGUUGCUCAUCUUCUUCCUCCUCAUCGGCGUCGUCCUCUUCUCCAGCGCCGUCUACUUCGCCGAGGCCGAAGACGCCGCCACCUCUUUCACCUCCAUCCCUCAAGCUUUUUGGUGGGCCGUGGUCACCAUGACCACGGUGGGUUACGGUGACAUGGCCCCCGUCACCGUCGGGGGGAAGCUGGUGGGGUCCCUCUGCGCCAUCGCCGGCGUCCUCACCAUCUCCCUGCCCGUCCCCGUCAUCGUCUCCAACUUCAGCUAUUUCUAUCGGCGGGAAUUGAGGGGGGAG